UUGGAGCACCGUUGACAGUGCCGACCUGGCAAGCACAACGCACUGUAGCUCACACGAGACGCUGUCGCCUCCCGCAAGACAAUUGUCCAAUCCUUCUAUUUCGGUAGCCUAUAGCGCUCCAAAAGUCCUCUACUCUUGUUGUUCUUUAACAUUAGUUUGAACGGGGAAAGUCGGGAGAUUUCAGGUUUGACUGCAGAUAGGACGCCGGUGAGACGACCACAAACCCAGCCGUCCGCUGAGGAUAACGGCAGUUCAAUCAAUCUCCGCGCUGUCGCGACAUGACAAAGGUACAGUGACACAGAGCUACAGCGAGAGAGAGAGAGAGAGAGAGAGAGAUGUCUCAGAAGAAGAUUUUCCUGGUUUUGGUGGCUGUCAGCACAGUCAGUCUGCUUCUUCACCGGGGAGGUCAUCUUAACUGGACCAUGUCGGCCUUCAGUUUGGGAUGCUCCUCGCUUCCCCUGAGCUCGUGGCGUCUCACCAAUGCCGGCGGCGGUUUCGGCCUCACAAUGACAGCGCCUGGUAAGCCCAAGCACACCAGCGUGGCCUUCCUGAAGACGCACAAGACGGCCAGCAGCACGGUGCAGAACAUCCUGUUCCGCUUCGCCGAGCGGCACAACCUGACCGUGGCGCUGCCCGUGCCCUCCUGCGGCCACCAGUUCUGCUACCCGCACAUGUUCAGCGGCCGCUUCGUCCACCCGAACACGGUCCCGCCGGACAUACUGACCAGCCACAUGCGGCUCAACGUAGGUGAGAUGCGGCGGCUCAUGCCCAACAGCACGCGCUACGUGACCAUCCUCCGCGAGCCGGCGGCCAUGUUCGAGUCGCUCUUCAGCUACUACAACCAGCAUUGCCAGAGCUUCCAUCGUGUGCCCAACGGCUCGCUCGAGGAGUUCCUCCGCCAUCCGACGCGCUACUACCGUGCCGAGGAAAAGGACUCCAUGUACGCGCGCAACACGGUCGCCUUCGACCUUGGCGGCGACAAGGACCAUCAGCCGGCGGGCGACGGCGAGUAUGUUCAGGGGUUUGUCACGCGCAUCGAGUCGGUCUUCUCGCUGGUGAUGAUCGCCGAGCACUUUGACGAGUCGCUGGUGCUUCUGCGCCGGCUGCUCAACUGGGAGCCCGAGGACGUGCUGUACCUGAAGCUCAACAUGCGCACGGAGGAGUCGCGCCUGACGCUGCACGGGCCGGUGCCGGCCCAGAUUCGGGCGUGGAACUGGCUGGACAGCGCACUCUACGACCACUUCAACGCCACGCUGUGGCGUCAGCUGGAGCAGAUGGGCCGGCCGUGCGUGGAGCGCGAGCUGCGGCUGAUGCGCCGCGCGCAGGAGUCCCUGGUGCGCGAGUGCUUCGGCGAGGACACGCCGCCGCUGCGCUCCAGCAUGCAGAUACGCAACAAGGACCUGCGGCCAUGGCAGCCCAGCAGCAAAGUGGCCAUCGUCGGCUACGACCUGCCGGUUAACGGCUCCGGGGCCGCCGCCACCACGGCAAAAGACAUGUGCGUGAAGAUGGUCAUGCCAGAGGUGCAGUACUCACGGCUGUUGCUAAGGUCACAGAUGAUACGAUACCGGCGCACUCACCCACACCCGCACUGACCCCCAGCCGCCCCCUCCCCCCACACACACCCCGUGAUAAAUUUACAAACACAUAAAUAUAAACAAGUAUAGAAAAGCACAGACCUCUGGUGAAGGCCUCCGAGGGACAGGCAGACCUCUCCUGGGAUCACUCCGACAUGGACCGGAAAUCACUCUCUAAGAUCAAGCCCCCGAUUUGAACUCUCAGUUAUUCCUCCUUCAAGGGACAAGUGAAACAAUUACCCAGAAUUCCCUGCCUUCACCUCAAGAGGAAGCUGCUUCAAAUACCUUGAUUCCCCUAAAGAUACUAAAACAUGGAAAGAUU